CCGAGAACGAAACUAAAAGUGAGAUCAGUUGACAGAGCAGGAGAAAUAAAGCAAGACUAACGAUGAGUGAACUGAAGGAACCUGGACCCUCAGACAUAAACAUUCAGCAACGCAGACACAGUGCAGAGCUUUCAAGAUCCAGCUGUGUGUCUUUGAAGACUAACCAGUCCAAAGAUGAAAACCCAAUCUUCAGUAAAGAACCUGGACUCUCAAACACAAAUGUGGAGGAGCAGAUGUCCUGCUGUACUUCCUAUCAGGAUUUUAAAAAGGAUCUGGUCUCUACCAGCUGUGGAUGCAGACAGUCCAUCUCCUUGCACCAGUCUGCUUCAUUAGAAGGCUCUUCAAGCAUUCAGAGAAACUAUGAAACAGAUAGUCGUCUGCUGCAGAAGUUGUUAGACAAACAUAAGGCUAAUCUGGAGAGGAGAUGUAAAUGUUUGACUGAAGAAACAGAAAGUGGAACCCUAUUUAACAGGAUCUUCACUGAGCUCUACAUCACAGAAGGACAGAGUGAAGAGGUUCAUACCCAACAUGAGGUGUGGCAGCUGGAGACAGUUUCCAUGAACAAGGCCCUCCAUGACACUCCAGUCAGGUGUCAUGACAUUUUUAAAGCCUUGCCUCACCAACAGAGAUGCAUCAGAGUGGUUCUGACGAAUGGCAUUGCAGGCAUUGGAAAAACUUUCUCAGUGCAGAAGUUCACUCUGGACUGGGCAGAAGGUUUGGAGAACCAACGUGUCAGUGUGGUGAUUCUGCUUUCAUUCAGGGAGCUAAACCUGAUCAGAGAUGACCGGUACAGUCUUCUGGACCUGCUCCAUGUUUUCCAUCCAACAUUACAGAAGGUCACAGCAGAGCAGCUCACUGUCUGCAAACCUUUGUUCAUCUUUGAUGGCCUGGAUGAAAGCAGACUUUCAUUGGAUUUCACUAAAGGGAAGCUUGUGUCUGAUGUCACACAGAAGUCAUCAGUCAGUGAACUGCUGACAAACCUCAUCAAAGGGAAUCUGCUUCCCUCAGCUCUCAUCUGGAUAACUUCCCGACCUGCAGCAGCCAAUCAGAUCCCUCCGAUAUGUGUUGACAGGGUGACAGAAGUACGAGGCUUCACUGAUGCCCAGAAGGAGGAGUACUUCAGGAGGAGAUUCAGUGAUGAAGAGGUGUCCAGCAAAUUCAUUUCCCACAUGAAGACAUCCAGGAGCCUUCACGUCAUGUGUAGAAUCCCAGUCUUCUGCUGGAUCACUGCUACAGUCCUAGAGCACAUGUUGACUACAGAGCAGAGAGGAGAGCUGCCCAAGACCCUGACUGACAUGUACUCACACUUCUUGCUCGUUCAGACAAAGAGACAGCACAAGUACCAUGAGGGAUAUGAGACGAGUCCACAAGAGCUGACAGAGGCUGACAGUGAAGUUCUUCUGAAGCUGGGGAGGCUGGCCUUUGAAAAUCUUGAGAAAGGAAACAUCAUGUUCUACCAAGAAGACCUGGAGCAGUGUGGUCUGGAUGUCACAGAGGCCUCAGUGUACUCAGGAGUUUGUACAGAGAUCUUCAAACAAGACUGUGUGAUAUUCCAGAAAUCAGUCUAUUGCUUUGUUCAUCUGAGUAUUCAGGAGUUUUUGGCUGCAGUCUACAUGUUUCACUGUCAUACUAACAAAAAAACAGAAGUGCUGAAGCAUUUUCUAGGGAAUGGUGAACAUAUUUAUUGUGGUGACAUCUCGUCUUUAGAUGUCUUUCUGAGCAGAGUCAUGCAGAAAUCCCUCCAAAUUAAAAAUGGACACCUGGACCUGUUGGUCCGAUUCCUUUAUGGUCUCUCUCUGGAGUCCAACCAGAGACUCUUACGAGGUCUGCUAGGCGAGACAGAGAGCACUCCAGAAAUUAUACAGCGAAUCAUCAGCAACCUUUGCAAGAUAACCAAUGAGAAUACCUCUCCUGACAGAUGCAUCAACAUCUUCCAUUGUCUGAUGGAAAUGAAUGAACUCACGGUACAUCAGGAGAUCUUGGAGUUUCUGAAGUGCAAAAACAGAUCAGAAAAGGAGCUCUCUGAGAUCCACUGCUCAGCUCUGGCCUACAUGCUUCAGAUGUCAGAGGUUUUGGAUGAGUUUGUCCUGAAGAAGUAUAACACAUCGGAUGAGGGACGAAGGAGACUGAUUCCUGCUGUGAGGAACUGUAGAAAGGCUCAACUUUCUGGCUGUAAACUGUCAGAGACUCACUAUGAAAUCGUGGCCUCAGCUCUCAUGUCCAACCCCUCCCAUCUGACAGAGCUGAACCUGAAUGGAAACAACCUGCAGGGUUUAAAAUCACAAAACCUUUUUACUGCUCUGGAGAGUCCAAACUGCAGACUGGAAACUCUGAGUUUGGAGAGCUGCAGUUUGUCAGCAAUCAGCCAUGUUGCUCUAUUCUCUGCUCUGAAAUUAAACCCCUACCAUCUGAAAGAUCUGGACCUGAGCUACAACAACAACCUGGAUGAUUCAGGACUGAAACAGCUGUGUUGUUUUCUGGAAAGUCCACACUGUAGACUGGAGUCUCUGAGAUUGGAGCUCAGCGGUUUGUCACCGAAAAGCAGUGUUGCUCUGGUCUCAGCUCUGAAGUCUAACCCCUCCCAUUUGAAAAAAUUGGACCUGGCCUUUAAUGACCUGCAGGAUUUAGGUGUGAAACAACUAUAUGGUUUUCUGGAGAGUUCAAACUGUAGACUGGACACUCUGAGAUUGGAGCUCUGCAGUUUUUCAGAGAUUGGCUGUGCUUCUCUGGUUUCUGCUCUUAAGUCCAAUCCCUCCCAUCUGAAACAUCUGGACUUGGGUGGAAACGCGAUUCAGGAUUCAGGAGUGAAGCAGCUGUGUGGUUUUCUGGAGAUUCCUCUAUGUAGAUUGGAGACUCUGAUUCUGUGGUGCUGCAGUUUGUCAGAGAUCAGCUGUGCUACUCUGGUCUCUGCUUUAAGGGCCAACCCCUCCAAUCUGAAAUAUCUGGACUUGGGUGUAAAUAAGCUGCAGGAUUCAGGAGUGAAGCAUCUCUGUGGUUUUUUGGAGAUUCCUCUCUGCAGACUGGAGACUCUGAGCCUGAGGAGCUGCAAUUUGUCAGUGAUCAGCUGUGCUGCACUGGUUUCUGCUCUGAGGUCCAGUCCUUCACAUCUAAGAAUUCUGAACCUGAGUGACAACAACCUGCAGGAUUCAGACGUUAAGCAACUCUCUAAACUUGUGAGGAGUCUACACUAUAAACUGGUUACCCCAAGCUGGGAAUGAUGAUCUUGGCAAUGGUGACAGUGUAUGUGAGUGGAUGAGCUGUGUCCUGAUCAUCCCGAGAGACUGAAGCAGCAGCAACGUGUGCGUUACUGGGAGGUGAAAUGGAGAGUUAAGCUUCAUCCAAAGAGAAGAAGUCUAGAUGACUGUUAGUGCUGGAGUGUGACCUCUUCUAAGAGUAUGCUAAGUGUAUUCUUCUAACAGCUGCACUGAAGAAAAAACACAUCAAGGGGGAAAGGGACACAGUUAUUAUUAAGAGGGAAAGGGACACAGUUAUUAUUAUUAUUAUUAUUAUUAGUAGUAGUAGUAGUAGUAGUAGUAGUAGUAGUAGUAGUAUUAUAACAACCAAUGAUCAAUUUUACAAAUAUAAGUAUAAAUGAAAAAAUAUUAAUACUGAUGCUUUUAAUGAAGGACAAUGUAAAUACUGGUGUAAGUAUAUACUCAUAUAAUUAGAUAUUAUUCUUUUUAUUUAGUUUUUUUUUCAAAUAAGUACUUUCAGUUUAACUUCAUUUUAAAUGUUAUUCAGCUUUUGCUUUAUGUUCUGUGCGAUAAAUAAAUCUAUCAUGAUACUACAACACUUCAAACCACAACAAUGUGUUGGUUAUUUUAACAUAGGCAGAUAGAUUUUAAAACAAUUAAGAGUUUAUUGUAUUAUAUGUCUUCACUAACGGACAGCUUAAAUGGCAUUCUGACACAAUCAUUUUCAUCCAUGGUGGCGGAAGCUACCCCUUCAGUAGCUCCUGCUUGCAUUAUAUUCUUUAUUGUCAUUACCUGAUGGAACAUAAAGAUGUUAAUAAUUCAAUUUAAUUCAAUUUUAUUUGAUUUAUACAGUGCCGAACUACAACAACAGUCGCCUCAAGGUGCUUUAUAUUGUAACAUAGACCCUACAAUAAUACAUACGGAGAAAGACCCAAUAACCAUAUGAUCCCCUGUGAGCAAGCAUUUUGGCAACAGUGGGAAGGAAACACUUUCUUAUAACAUGAAGAAGCCUCCAGAAGAACCAGUCUCAGGGUGGGGCUUCCAUCUGCCUCAACUGGUUAGGGCGAGAGGAGGAAGACAGGAUAAAAGAAAGGAAGAGAGCCAGAGAUUGAUAACAACUAUGAUUCAAUGCAGAGAGGUUUGUUUUGUACUUUUAGUCUUCCAUUUCUUUGGAAAGCUGGUUCUAUAUACUUUGUUUAAAAAAAAUAACAAAUCAAUGAUUUCAAUGGGAAAAAAAUCAUCCAGGGUAUCUGCACUGGUGUUGACUGGGUAAUGUCUUAGGAACAAAAGGAUGUAUGAAGAUCAACCGUCAGUGGGCUGAAUUUCAAAAAGACCCCUGAAAUCAAAGUGAUGUAACAAAAUGAUGCCUGAUAAUGUCAGGGCAUGCUUCUAGUCAGAUGAUGUAUAGUGCUGUAAGGAUCUUCUCCCAAGCUGGACCAGGGAAUCACUGAGCUCCUUGACAGACUGAGGUGCAGCCUGGUGCCAUCGGAUGGAUUGAAACAUAACGUCCCAGAGGAGUUCUAUUGGAUGUAGGUCAGGUGAGGGAGCAGUCAGUGGUAGGGAUGGGUACUGGUAUCCGGUGCCAUUAUGGCAUUUUUUGCUGAGAUGUCAUACACUUUGGAUUCUAGCCAAUCAUUUUACCUUUGCAAGGAUAGUUGGCGAGCCCAGGUAUGUAUGUUCUUUUAGAGCAGAGCUACAAAUUAAAAAUGCCCAAGGCGAAGCAGUCAAAAGUCUGGCUGUACUUCACAGCAAAAGAUGCAAACUCAGCAGCCUGCAACAAGUGCUUUAAGGUGAUACUGUGAUACUGUGCAAAGGAGGUAACACCUCGAAUCUGAUGACGAACCUGGCGACGUAUAGCGUUUUAUUAAAAGCCGAGAAAUGCACCGUAUUUGAUAGCUUGCUGCGAGACCUCACACCAACACAUCUACUGCGGGUGUGGUGCCUGUUAUCGGACCCGGAGUUAGCAACAUCCCCCGAGAACUCGAAGAGGAGAGUCCUGGCCCCUAGCCCUGCCAGUUUAGUAGAAAUGAUGAUGAAUGAUGAUGGUAGCAUCAUCGAGUAGCUUAAUGUUGUUCGUGUGUAAUUUACGUUGAGUAG